GACAAGAGGAGGCGUGCUAGCCAAUCGGCAGGAGCGGGCGGUGACAGCGCGGUGACUGAGGCUGGCAGAGUGUGUUGGGCUGCCGUGAGGGACUGGAGGGCUGUGCUGUAUGUGUCGGAAGGAUAUCUAUCGGCGGGACCGGAGAAAGGAGAAGCUAGGCGCUCUCACACUCGAAGAAUAUUACAGACUGAGAAGUCUUUCUUUUGGUCCCCAGAUACCCUCAUGAACAGAAACACAUCAAGCCGGUGGUCUGCGACAGCAGAAAAAGAGCAGAAAUAGGUCAUUUGGUUUUCAGCCUGAGGUGCCAACAUUGGAGAUGAGGACUUCAGAAGAGCAAGCAGCCACCACAGUUUUGCAGCGAUUGCUGCAGGAGCAGCUGCGUUACGGGAAUCCUAAUGAGAACCGCAACUUAUUGGCAUUGCACCAACAAGCCACAGGGAACGUGCCUUUAUAUGGUGGUGGUCAAGGUUCCCAAAAUGAGGGCCUGACCUCACAAGACCCCCAGUUAGUUCCACAUGCAGCUCGCCAGGAGCCACAAGGGCAGGAGAUCCAGGUGGAGAAUCUGAUGGAGAAACAGAUACCACUGAGAGCUCAGAACAGUGAAGAUCUUCCUACUUAUGAGGAGGCCAAAGUCCAGUCUCAGUAUUUUAGAGGACAGCCUCACACCAGCGUUGGAGCUGCUUUCUAUGUAACUGGUGUGACAAAUCAGAAAAUGAGGACUGAAGGUCGUCCAACAGUUCAGAGGGUUAGUCCAGGAAAAGUCCAUCAGGAUGAUGGGCUGAAGGACCUCAAGCAGGGCCAUGUGCGGUCAUUAAGCGAGAGGCUUAUGCAGCUUUCCUUAGCUACCAGUGGGGUUAAGGCCCAUGCCCCUGUUACUAGCGCCCCUCUCUCCCCACAGCCUGGGGACUUCUACAAAAACUCUGGCUCCAAUGAUAUGUACAAGAAUCCCUCUCAAAGUGGUGGACAGAAAAUAAUUGAGCACAGAGGCCCACCCCCUGAUUACCCCUUCAAAAACAUUUCAACACUUCCAUUGCAAGGAAAAUCUAAAGAAAUAGGACACCACUAUGGAGAACACAGAGGCAGCCUACAGAACCGUUCUGAUGGGCCUAUGCUCCGAUACCAGCCUCCUCCAGAAUAUGGUGCCUCCAGACAGAAUCAUGAUGUCCAGCAGCAGUUCCAGCACAGACUUUCGAAUUAUCACAGUCCCACCUCCUCUCUCACCUCCUUGGGAUCUAUGAGCCUUCUGCAGUCACCACUUCCAACAUUCAUGUCACCUUCUCAGCAACAGCCUCCAUCUCCCAGCCAUGGGGACUUCUAUACUGUGCCUUCUCGGUCCCAUCACAUUCCUGUGUCCAAUACUUUCCAGCAAGGGGAUGCUUAUCGCUUGCCUCAGUCUCAAUUAGGACAGCAACAACAACAGAUGGACCCUUUAUUGAUGAGGCCUCCUUCGUUGCCUUCACCAUAUUCCCAGAUGCAAAAUGAUCCCUUUACCAUUGUUUCCCGGGCCCAAAAUAUGGUCAGCCUUCUAUCAGAAGAGAACCGAUCUUUAAGAAAAGAGCUGGAAGAUUGCUAUGAAAAAGUAGCUAGGUUUCAGAAGAUGGAAAUGGAAAUUCAGAGGAUCUCUGAAGCUUAUGAAAAUCUCGUGAAGUCCUCAUCUAAGAGAGAAACCUUGGAGAAAGCCAUGAGAACAAAAUUAGAAGAGGAGAUCAGAAGGAUACAUGACUUUAAUAGGGACCUGAGAGAACGUAUGGAUACAGCAAACAAACAGCUUGCAGCAAAAGAGUUUGAAGGCUCUGAAGACAACCGCAAAACCAUAUCUCAGCUGCUUGCGCAAAACAAAGAGUUACAGAGGGAGAAGGAAAAACUGGAAAUAGAGAUUUCUUCUCUACGCUCAACCAACGAGGACCAAAGAAGGCAUAUUGAAAUCCGGGAUCAGGCUCUAAACAAUGCACAAGCCAAAGUGGUUAAACUAGAGGAAGAGCUUAAAAAGAAGCAAGUUUAUGUGGAUAAGGUGGAGAAAAUGCAGCAAGCCCUGGUUCAGCUUCAGGCAGCUUGUGAAAAGCGAGAACAGCUGGAGCACCGUCUAAGAACCCGGCUGGAGAGAGAGCUGGAAUCUCUUCGAAUGCAGCAGCGACAGGGGAACUCUCAGUCCAGCAAUGUCUCUGAAUACAGUGCUGCCACUCUCAUGGAGCUGCUGAGAGAGAAGGAGGAGCGCGUGCUGGCACUUGAAGCAGAUAUGACCAAGUGGGAGCAGAAGUACCUGGAGGAGAGUGUUAUGAGACAGUUUGCACUGGAUGCUGCAGCCACUGUGGCUGCUCAGAGAGACACUACAUCAAUCAGCCAUUCUCCGAGUGGGAGUUUUGAUACUUCUCUUGAGGCGCGGAUCCAAAAGGAAGAAGAAGAGAUUCUUUUGGCCAACAGACGCUGUGUAGAUAUGGAGGGCAGGAUAAAGACACUACACGCCCAGAUUAUUGAAAAAGAUGCAAUGAUUAAAGUUCUCCAGCAGCGGUCCCGCAAGGACCCGAGCAAAACAGACCAAUCCUCUACCAUGCGGCCUUCCAAGUCACUUAUGUCCAUUUCCAAUGCAGGAUCUGGGCUGCUUUCCCACUCCUCUGCACUGAGUAGCACUCCCAUUUUGGAAGAGAAGCGGGAGGACAAGAGUUGGAAGGGCAGCUUGGGAGUACUACUUGGAACUGAAUAUCGAUCGGAAUCUGCAUCCUCCACUCCCUCCCCUAUUCUUCCCUCCACACCCCUUCUCUCUGGACACUCCAAGACGGGUAGCAAGGAUUGCUGCACACAGACAGACAGAGGGGCUGAGCAAAACAAAACUCCAUCAGUGAGUGCUUCUCCUGGCCCCGGGAGGCUGACUACUCCUAGCCCUAUGUACACCUCAGAGAGAACAGCAGACACAGUUUUCCAGUCAAGCACCUUGGAUCGAAAGAACCCUCUCCCACCUCUGGGGCAGGAUCUCACAGAUGGGGAGUUGGUGGAAUAUCUCAUAUAAGCACAGGGUUUAUUUUUUUCAUAACAGUUAUUUAUAGGAAGAGUGGCCCCAAAUUAUUUAUAUGGACACUAAGCAAAUUAAAUAAGUUUGUUUUCUAUUACAGUAAUCUUUCCUUUCAUAUUUAAAAAAACACAUGUAUUUUGUACCAAAAAAGGGGACUGAAUCUCUGCAGAACGACGUUUUUCCGGAUUUACACGUGGCUACACUGUUGUAGGCAGAUAAAUGAAUUUAUGCCAUUUCUGGCACUGAAGGGUUAACUCACAGGCCUCUGUGUGUAGCAUUAUUUGCCAACAGAACUGCGCCAAACAAGAAUGCACUUCUUUCAUAAUGACUUAUAUAUUAUAUGAAGAAAAAUGUGGGUGGCUGGUGUGUGGGCCCCACAAUAUUUUUUUUUCUUUUGUUUCUAUUGUUCCCGCCAUCUUUAAAAUAAGUUCCUUACUCUGCAAAAUGCAUUUAUUAGAAUUUUUGUAGAUAUGAUACUCUUUCACAGUGAGUCUUUCUGGGAACCUCUGUACUAGUAACAGGAUGCAUUUAGAAAAGCUGAACCUUGUGGAUCCAACAGCCAUCUGCAUUUUAAAGUAUUGCAUAUGUAUAUGUAACAGCUUUUAAACUAUGGCAGUAGAUGUUGUGUGACCUUAUGUACAAGCCAAGUAAUUCACCUUGGUUAUCAGGUUUGGAAAGGAUUACUGUAGUGUCCUUCACUAGUGGCACUCAGUUUGGUCUGUAUCUCAGUUUAAGUGACUGAGCUGCCAUACUGAGAUGCUCUGACAACUAAUCAUGAGAAGUUCUGAUUUUAAACAAACACCACUGGCCAAAAAAAACAUUUUUCCAAUGUAUAUAAAUGUAAAGAUUACUCUGGUAUUUGCAAGCAAAAGUACAUUCUUAGCCAAUUAUCCAUUCAGAGCUGAAUUUGGCAGUAUAAAGUCAAGGCAGUAUAGGUUGAAGUGCUACUGUACACGCCCAGGCUCUUCUUGGCUCAUUUGCUUAGUAUUAAUUGUAUUGGUUACUAGUAUGAUUAAUGCUAUGCAAAAAUAGCUGGGGUAUUUACAGUAGUGCAUGAAUUCUCACUGACCUGCCUGCCUCUGACUUUGUGCUGCUAAACUUUGCAUCAGCAACAGCCCCCAGUUUAUUGGCAAUCAAUACUCUCUGCUUUGUCUAUCACAAAGAGAGAACAUUACACGGUUUCCAGGGCAUCCGAAGAACAUGGUAACAGAUUUGCCAAUCAUGGAGACACUUUUUUUUUUUUUUUGCUGUAUGUUUAGAUCUGUUUGCCUUUAAUAUCAUCAGCACAGCAGCCCUUACAGCUUUCACCUCUACUUGAUAAAAUUGGAAAUGUCAGACUGCAUAAUCUCAAUGUAUUUUCAUUUAUUUUAUUUAUUCCCAAACUUUAUAUAUAGAUAUCUCAGAACUCAGUGUAGUAGGGUUUUUAUAAAAUUUAGCAUUUCUCAUACAUUUGUAUCCAAUAGAAGUCUUGCAGCAAUGUUUUUAUGUCAGAGUAUUGCUAAAUGUUCUGUUUCCCUAUUAUAAAUGUAAUGGUCACUACUCAGAGCAAUGUGAUUAGUUAGCUUGGCUUGUGUAGCUUAAUUUAUAUACUUUAAAGGUUUACAUGUAAUAACUGCUGCAAAAUCUUUCAUGUGGCCUAGCCCUUGCAUUUAAAAAAACAUUUACAGAUAGCAGUGUUUAUAAGGUUCCUCCAAAUGUACAUAAUAUGCCUUAUUUAAGGGAGAAUAUAUAUAUUGGUUUUAUCAUCAGUAGAUGAAGAGGGCAGAAUCUUCUUUUGUUGCAUAUUUUGAUGUAUCCAUAUUUUUGGGAGCAGCCACAUUGGGUUCUCUAUACACACAGCCAAUGUUAAAGGAAUCUCUAGCUAUCAUCACACAAUUUUCCUUUACAGUCUAACAACCCUUUUUAUAGGCUUGGCUCAGCAAUAGGAAACAUAAAAGCUUCCACUCAUGAAACAAAUGAGGUUUGUCCUUAGGCUUUACUGCUUUAGUGAAAUGCAAAUGAGUUAGGGAUUUGCGUACCAGCAAAGGAGUGGUAUCUGGAUCAUACUUUCAAUAUUUUUGAACUAUGAAUGCAUUUUAGUAUCCCUGUGUUCUUUUUAAUGAACGUGCUUUCCCCAUCAGGCAGUCUAGAUUUGUGUUAGUAACUCCAUGGCUCUAGAAGCCAUUCUACCAAACCUCCAUAGUCUGAUCCCACAAUUAAAGUUCUGCGCAACACUGAUACUGCGCAGCCCACAGCCACCCAAGAUAUAUUUAAGCUAACAGGAUUAAACAGGGCACUAUGCCUAAAGCAUACAACAAAGUAGUUGGGCCAGUGCCCUUGUGGAUGCAGAGCCAUGUAUAUAGACCAAGCAUUGUGUAAAUAUUGCCAUUGACCGCCUUGUAGUGUUGCUCAGAAGCACAAAGGUUUUUAAGUAGGUGUUACUGAAGUUGUUGCCCUUGCACUGCCGAGACCUUGUUUAGCAUCUAUUCAUGCACAUUUAAAUUCCUUCCCUGGGUUUUUUUUUUUUUAAGUACAGUUUGUAUUCCUGUUUGUUUUUGUGGGUUCGAUUCAUCCACAGUGUAUUGCAGAGCAAUAUGUUGCUGUUAAGGGGUUAAUUUAAUUGCUUAUAUAAACAAAAAGCACAAUUGUUUUCCUUAGCACUGAGUAGAACUCAGUGAGUUUUUAUGUUGUUUAUAGUAUUAUUAUUAUUUUAAAGACAGCUUAGCAAUGCCAUCAAGUAAAGCAAGCGGCUAACUCAUGAGUCCAGUUGGUUCUGUAAGUAGAUCCAUUUUUUGUGUUAGUGCUUAACGAUAAGAUGACAAGCUGUGCCAAACACGGAUUAUUCUUGGCCUUAGGGGCCACAUAUACUUUCAAAUACUGGACUGCCUGUUUGCUAAGUACAAUUUGUUGUUUCUUUCCAGCCUUUGCUUCAGCUUCAAGUGCUUUCAUUCCUCUGCACAUUAGAAAUACCCAGAACAUCUUUCCUGGCUAUUCAUCAUUUCAUUGUGUUGUUUUUCCGCUGUUACUGUGCGACUCUGCCUAAUAAGAAAGAGUUAUAGUUAUUUCUAGUGCCAAGCUUGGCCAGGGCUAGGGAAUGUCUGAUUCCUGCCAAUCCAUAUCCAUUCCAUUUGUUCUUACUGCUGGCCGGCCAAUGUGUCCAUUCCAUGCUGACAGUUUCUUGCAUUACAAAAGGAACAGGGGAGGAAUUUUGGGGGUUAUCGUUAAUGUGGGUUUCCUGAGCAAACAACAAAGAUGGUAUUUUUAUGUCUUGUAGAUUUUGCACUUGUUGCUAAGGAUUCUGGGUAUCUACAUUCCUAAACAAAGCUUUGUUCCUUUUCUCUAGGGAUUAUUUUUCUAUCUUACAAAGUCUAUUUUAUUACCAAUCCAAUUGUACCACGCCUGUGUUAUUGGCUGGGAACAGAAGGCUUUUUUCAAUGUAUUAUCAUGUGCGUGUAUGUGUGUGUAAAUGAGAUCAACUCUGGCAUGGUAGCGUAGAGAAAUGAACCAAAUUCUUUUCAUCAUAUGUUACUUCUUAUAGAAUUGUUACAACAGUGCUGCAAAUAAAUUAUGUGCUUAAUCAGACCCGUAUAUUGCAGUGCUCACUGACACAUUGGUAAAGGAGGAAUAUUAACCCAUAAUAGAAUUUCAUAUUGAGAUUCACAGCAAGAAGAGUUUGUUUUAAACCAGAGCACUUAUCAGGAAACAUCAACAGCAAAAAGCACUGAAAUUAUUGGGGUGUUAUGUGACAACUUAGAAACAUAUUGCUACAGUUCAGGGAAGUUGGUCAUACACAGAAAAGACCCACUUAUUUGGCCACUAGCCUUAAAAGGUCAUAUUUGGUGUUGGAGACAGCUAUUGACAACCCUGUGUAGAGUUGUGGGCUGUGGACCACUGCAGCCCUAUGGCUGCCCAUCUGCCAGUCAAUAUCUAAAUGAUCCCCAAGCAGAUAUGUAUUGGGAAGAGGGUGGUUCUGUGCCCUGGGCCAGUAGAUUGCCUAUGUGGUCAGGAAUGUCCAAGUCAAUUUCUGCCCAUGUAUGGACUACUUAACCCAUAGAAACCUUCAGGUAACUGACAAUAGGUUGAUAUGGGAUUCUGAACCAUUGUUGCUACAUAACAACAACUCUGUCAAGUGCCUUUUUCCAACCAGGAAACACCGCAGCAUUUUCAUCUUAUGUUCAGGAUUGGUACCUGUGAUGAUAGGCAAGGACUGAAUCCAUCACUCCUGUAUUUGAUCAAUCCUGAGUCCUCCUGAAAAAGAUUUAGCUAAAUAACCAAAUCAAAUCUGAACCUGUUUUGUCCGUUCAGAUCUGUACUUGGUCACACAGCUGUCUCAUGAAAUUGUUGCUUUCACUUGCCUGGAUUCAGUUCGCCUGAUUACUAAGGGGCAGAUUUAUCAAAAUGUGAGAUUUAAACUCACCACAGAAAGAUUUGCCCACUUUCUAUCCAUUCUUGUGGGAUUUUGAGAAGCGUAUUUAUCAAUCAGCGAAACUUAGAUCUCACCAUUUAAUAAAUACGCUUCUCAAAAUCCCACAGAAAUGAAUAGAUAGUGGGUGACUCUUUCUGCGGUGAGCUCUAAUCUCACAUUUUGAUAAAUCUUAGGAAACCUACAAAUGUGGUUGGAUUGUGCUGAAUCUUGAGCCAAAUCCUGGAUUCUGUGCUUCGCUAGCAUGCAUAUACAUUCUGUACAUGUGAAUGUUACUGAUUUAUUACAGAGGCAGCUGAUAUAUUGGCCUUAUUUUGUCUUUCAUUUGUUGUGUCAAAAGCAGAGAGUGGCACCAGUUUGUGAACCUGUGUAGGACUUGUCGCUAGGCAGGAUUUAUAAAUACGUUCUUUCUUUUUCUCUGUUUCCAUACAAUAUGAAUGUAACAAACUUUCAUAAAAACUUGUGCCGCAAAUGGUCCCAUCCCUCUCUGCUCUCUUUGUAACUUACCCUUGUGUGUGACCAAUCAAUCCUGAAAAUGAAAUUAAUCUGUAAAUAUAUAUACAAUGUAGUUUACCAUUUUUAAAAAGAAGGAUUCGCCUGUUCAUUGGCAGUUGCUGGACACGGCGAGAGUUGUUGGAUGAUGCAUUUGCUGGGCAAAGGACUUUUGUUUUUUUUUGUAUAGUAAAUUUUUACAAUGUUUUGUAACAGAAGAAAUAUUUUUGCACUAUUGUUUUUCUGUUGCUCUGCUCUGUAACUGGAAAAUAAUAAUUAAAAAACACCUCAUGUAUGUAAAA